ACGGUCACACCAGCCCGUACCAUUGAUAAAUUGGUCAUAUUUUGGAACGAAUUUAGUUAACAUUAAAUUAAAGGAAAAAAUAAUAUUCUAAGAUGCGCACAGUGCUGCUGAGCAAACACGAUGAGCUGUACCUGGAGAAAUGCGCACAGGAGAACCAGUUCUCGUAUGGCAUAAUUGUGGGCCAUCAAGCGGACCUCACCAAGAGCGUGGUGGUCCACCUGGCCAGGAACAACGAGGAGGAUGCCGACCUGGAGGACCUCGCGGACGUGCGACUGACCAUCUCGGACAUCAACUCACAGGCGUUGGCCUCCCAGUGGCUGAGCGCCAGCAAAAUGUGUCCCGGAUCCUUUGACGUCAUCGGUAUUUUCGUGUCUUCGGUUAGAUCCGAUGUGGUCAAUGAGCAGAGUCCCGAAUUUAAGAAUGCCAAAAAGCUGUUUUCAGACAUAUACGACUUACUCCUGAAAAGCAACAGCUCCUUCGGCGUCUACACCACCGACAUUGCACAGACUGACUUCGUAUUCCUCUCGUAUUCGCUGGCCGACAAGAAGGUACUCUGCAAGAACUACAGCUACGGCAACGGUGGCACUUUCUCCAACAUGGAGUACAGGUUUGUGGACAAGCCCUUCGAGUGGAUUCAGCUGGAGUGCAGCUACGACUUGGAUGACGUGCUACCCAUAUUGGAUUCAACGCGCCGCGUCAACAUCGAAGAUCAGUUCCAGAAUAUUAUAGUAUCGGUGCGCAAGAAUCUGCUGGCCAGUGAGGUGUUCCUGCAGAACGAAGUGGUCGAUGAUACCAUCGAUCUGCAGGCCUAUAUCAAAAAGAAAAAGGCCAAAGUGGACAAGCUGAAGCCUACAUCUGCGAGUGGAGGCACUGCCACAGCAGCCAGCAACACCACGGACUCCCUGCCCCAGCUUGCGUCGGAGGGAGUCAUCGGUAGCGGAGAACCCAUCAGGGCGAGCAUAGUGCUGCCGGUGAAGUGCCAGCUGAGCAAACCGACGGACAUCAAGGUGCGCGAGUUUAAUGGAACUCUGCACAUGAGCGGCAUAAUUGCCACAAAGGUUUUCUGCAGUCCUCGCAACAGUAUAGCAGAUGUGAAGCGCUUUCUGCGCGAUGAUGUGCUACGUUCCCUGAUCACACGCAUUCAAGUCUACUGCGAUGGACUCACCGAUCCCUAUGUGACCAACGAAGCCUUGUACAUCAGUGAGCCACCAAGGAGGGUUUUCUUCAGCCUGCCUUCGGAGGGACCCAGCACAUCGAUCGGGGCGGUGGUUCAGUUCUCCGAAUACCUAUUCCGUGGCGAAGCGCCCACAGUGGUGGUGGCCCAGGCCAAACAGAUCCUGGACGUGGAACUAGACCCUGAGACGAUUUCUGUGGAGGCCGAAGGACUGCCCGACGAUGCAAACUUCACCAACGCAAAUGCAGGCGCCGAUCGCACAGAGGACUCCAGGAUUUUGUCCAGCUCGAUGCCUAAGCCAGAACUGUCGCGCAGCCUAUACAUGGUGGGCAUCGCGGUGGCCCUGCUGGUUCUGCUGGCGUCCGUAGCCCUUCACUAUGUCCUAGCCGAUCGGUAGGCUUCUAUGUCCAAACCACUUUAUACGAAAUGUUUUUUAUACAGAUCUAUUAUUUGCAUGUGUGCGCUCACGCACUCACCUCUCUAUUGUGAUCGUUUGUUUUUAUAAUCCAUUGUGUACUCGUAGUAGUAAAAAGAAUGUGUAUAGGGAUCACGUUAAAUAGUUUUAUUGUGGAAGCAAAACUGUGCAGCAUUUAACACCAAUAUAAUAAACUAAUAAGUAAUAUACA